GGUGUACGGCAAACCUUCGCUAACUUGUCGCGAAAUAGUUCAUUGAAUUGUGGCCAAGCGACUGGCCGUGAAAUCGGGUACUUGAGAUACUCGCGAUAAAAAGGACAAAUUAUUCGGAUUACUCACAUUUCUGUGAAAAUUAUUCACUCGAAAUAUGGAUACAUUAAUCACACUUCUAGGAUUAAUUAGCAUCGGCUUAGUGGCAACUGCAAGUCUCAAUGUGAAUCCACAACUGCAACUGGCUAUCAAUGGAUCGGUGUCCUCCGACUCGGCUAGUGGAAAUCCUAGCCUUAACUCAACAACGAAUCUUUCCGAGGACUCCAAAGACAACUGUUCCUCGUUGAUGAAUGCGAAUUCCUUAAGCCAAACAGAGCUUAUAGCCCGGAUAACCGACAGUUGUCGCUAUGAUCGCAUGGAGCCUCCGAUUAGAGUGAAUGAUAAUGGUGAAAUUGAACCUGUGGAUGUCUAUGCGCGUUUCUAUAUCAAUGCACUCAAGGAUCUGGACUCGAGUGAUCUGCAAUUCCUGCUGCAAGGCUUACUUCAGCUGCGGUACUUUGACCCUCGUCUGGCAUUCGCCAAAUAUGCGCCGAGUCGUCAACAGCCUGUGGUGGGUGAAUCGGCGCUGAGGGAGAAACUUUGGGUGCCCCACAUAUUUCUGAGCAAUGAGCAGAGUUCCAAUGUGCUGGGCACCAAUGAGAAGGAUCUGCUGACCAGUGUCUAUCCCGAUGGCACUGUUCUCAUCUCGUUCCGUCUUCAGGCCACAUUGUAUUGUUGGAUGAACUUCCAGAAGUUUCCGUUUGACGAUCAGAAUUGCACCACAAUUCUGGAGAGUUGGAUGUACAACACAUCGAUGUUGCAGCUGCAUUGGGAAACCACAAAUCCCAUCACAUUUCACUCCCAGCUCCAACUGACCGAAUACGAUCUCGAUGGUUAUGUGUGCAAUGAAUCCGUGAGCGUGUCCGAUGAAUUCACCAUGUCCCAUGGUGCUCUUGUGGGCAACUACAGUGCCUUGAGCUUUAGUGUGCUGUUGACCCGUGAGGUUGGCUACUAUAUCAUCGAUUACUUUGUGCCCUCCAUGAUGAUAGUGGCCAUAUCAUGGGUGUCCUUUUGGCUGCAGGCGGAUCAGACUCCAGCCCGCUCCAUGCUCGGCUGCUCCACCUUGUUGUCGUUCAUCACGUUGUCGCUGUCGCAGGAGAACAACCUGUCCAAGGUCAGCUAUGUGACCAUGUCGGAGGUGUGGUUCCUCGUCUGCACCUUCUUCAUCUUUGGCAGCCUCAUGGAGUUCGCCUUUGUCAAUACCAUUUGGCGGCGCAACAAUAAUCUGGAGCUUAAGAAACGCACCACCAAAUACAUUGUGCGAUCCACAUUUGUGCCCAAGUUGAAGCGCAAUCCACGUAGCUUCAGUCGCAGCCACAGCACAAUCAGCAGUUGCAACAAGAUCUGUGGCAGCAACCAGAACAACAACAACACAGUCAUCACAAUCGAGACACCAAUCAUCAUUGGCGAUGGCCUCAGUCGAGAGAACUCCACGAUCAGUCUGGAGGACAACAAUGCCAGCAUCAGCUCCGGCUCCACAGCCCAAUUGACGGAGACGCCACAGGCUGAGAAGCCGCCACAAACAUUUGCCACAAUGACACCCAAGGAGGUGUCACUUUGGAUCGAUCGCAAGAUGCGAUUUGUCUUUCCCCUCGCAUUCAUCGUGUUCAAUGCGCUUUUCUGGACUUUGGUUUACUGUCUGUAAUAAAGAACCGCAACGAGUUCUGAGUUGAGGAUUAAAGUUCAAAUUUGACUGUGAUGAUGCCACAAUCGAUGUGUUGCAAGCUAACAGUUUUGUCGCAUAGAUUUUUAAAUGAGAAUUAGUAGAUUUAGUAUUUAAUUAAAUGUGUCAUAUAGUCAUAGAGUACUCAUAUAUUUAUGGUUUUUGUAAUAAACUCAAUUUGUAUACUGCAA